ACGAAAUUGUCAAAUCAUCCAAUCUAGCUCAAUGUUUUGUGAUUAGUAAUUAAAGUACAGUGGUUUAAAAGAAAAGUUGUAAUAAAAAGACAGCGAACCCAUUUUAAAUAAGUUAAAUAAAAUAACGAAGAAAAAUGAACAUCACGUCUGCCGCGGGGAUUAUUUCCCUGCUCGAUGAGCCCAUGUCUGAAGUUAAAGAAUUCGCUCUGAAGAGGUUGGACAACAUCGUCGAUGAAUUUUGGCCAGAAAUAUCUGAAUCUAUCGAGAAAAUAGAAAUCCUGCACGAAGACAAAAUUUUCUCCCAGCAUCAGCUAGCCGCAUUAGUAGCCAGUAAAGUGUACUACCAUUUAGGAGCAUUUGAAGAUUCUUUGACAUACGCGCUCGGGGCUGGAGAUCUUUUCGACGUGAACGCGAGAAACGAAUAUGUCGACACUACGAUCGCAAAAGCUAUCGACUUUUACACUCAAAAGAGAAAGGCUCUCUUUGUGGAUAGUUCUGCUGAACUAAUUGAUCACCGUCUUGAAGACAUCGUGAAUCGCAUGUUCCAGAGGUGCCUUGAAGAUGGACAAUACAGACAAGCGCUUGGCUUAGCAUUGGAGACGCGCCGUAUGGAUAUUUUCGAGGAGUCUAUUAUGAAAUCUGAUGAUAUACCAGGAAUGCUUCAGUACGCUUUCACAGUAGCAAUGAGUCUCCUCCAAAAUAAGGGCUUCCGCAGUACUGUACUCCGCUCCUUAGUGACUUUAUAUAAGGGCCUCAAUGUUCCUGAUUAUGUAAAUAUGUGCCAGUGUCUUAUCUUCUUGGAAGAUCCACUAGCUGUAGCAGAGAUCCUUGACAAGCUAACACAUGGACCACAAGAGUCCGUAUUAAUGGCAUAUCAAAUAGCCUUUGAUUUGUAUGACUCAGCAACUCAACAGUUCUUGGGCAGAGUCUUACAGGCUCUUAGGUGUACAGCACCUAUUCCUAGUGCCUUAGGUGGCAAACCACAACCUCAAGGUGGACCUUUCCCAGAAUCGUCAAUGGAAGUUGACCAAGCAGCAACUGAAGAAACCAAAAAGCCAGAGAGAGACAUUGACAGUCUAAGUGAUGAAGAGAAAGAGCAUCAAAAAAGAGUUGAAAAAUUGAUUUCCAUAUUAGGAGGAGAUGUAUCUAUAGGCCUCCAACUUCAGUUCUUAAUCAGAUCUAACCAUGCCGAUAUGCUCAUCUUAAAGAACACCAAAGAUGCUAUAAGGGUAUCUAUCUGCCACACGGCGACAGUAAUAGCCAAUGCGUUUAUGCAUGCAGGUACAACCAGUGAUCAGUUUCUUAGGGACAACUUGGAGUGGCUUGCGAGAGCUACAAAUUGGGCUAAGUUAACUGUUACAGCUUCUCUAGGAGUAAUACAUAGGGGUCACGAGAAUGAAUCCUUAGCUCUCAUGCAAUCAUAUCUGCCAAAAGAGGCAGGGCCAUCUUCUGGUUAUUCAGAAGGAGGUGGUCUCUAUGCCUUAGGUUUGAUCCAUGCUAACCAUGGAGCAAACAUCAUUGAUUAUCUUUUAACUCAGCUUAAAGAUGCACAGAAUGAGAUGGUAAGACAUGGAGGCUGCCUGGGUCUGGGCUUAGCUGCCAUGGGCACACAUAGACAGGAUGUUUAUGAACAGCUCAAAUUUAAUCUGUAUCAAGAUGAUGCUGUCACAGGAGAAGCAGCAGGUAUUGCUAUGGGUAUGGUCAUGCUAGGUUCUAGACAUGCUGCUGCCAUAGAAGAUAUGGUUGCCUAUGCACAAGAAACACAGCAUGAAAAGAUCUUGAGAGGCCUUGCUGUUGGCAUUGCUUUUACCAUGUAUGGAAGAUUAGAAGAGGCUGAUGCUCUGGUUCAGCAACUGUUGAGAGACAAAGAUCCAUUAUUGCGACGUGCUGGUUGCUACACUAUAGCAACUGCUUAUUGUGGCACCGGCAACAAUGAUUCCAUCAGGACUUUGCUUCAUGUAGCAGUAUCAGAUGUUAAUGAUGAUGUUCGUAGGGCAGCUGUGACAGCUUUAGGAUUUUUGUUAUUUAGAACCCCAGAACAAUGUCCCUCAGUAGUGUCUCUGCUGGCUGAAUCGUACAAUCCUCAUGUUCGUUACGGCGCCGCCAUGGCUCUGGGUAUUGCCUGCGCUGGUACUGGGAAUCGUGAUGCCAUUGGACUUUUGGAACCAAUGGUUAAAUUCGAUCCUGUUAACUUUGUGAGGCAAGGCGCACUAAUCGCUUCAGCCAUGAUUCUCAUACAGCAAACCGAAGCGUUAUGUCCGAAAGUAACUUAUUUCCGUCAACUGUACGCACAAGUUAUUUCAAACAAACACGAAGAUGUUAUGGCGAAGUUCGGAGCAAUUUUAGCUCAAGGUAUUAUCGACGCUGGCGGCCGUAAUGUUACCGUUUCACUCCAAAAUAGAACUGGGCACAUGAAUAUGCUUGCAGUCGUUGGUAUGCUGGUAUUUACCCAGUACUGGUAUUGGUUCCCACUUGCACAUUGCUUAUCGCUUGCCUUCACACCAACGUGUAUUAUUUCACUUAACUCCGAUCUUAAAAUGCCUCAAUUGGAACUGAAGUCCAACUCUAAGCCCUCGCUUUACGCGUAUCCAGCUCCGUUGGAAGAAAAGAAACGUGAGGAAAGAGAGAGGGUUACCACUGCUGUGCUAAGUAUUGCAGCUGCUAAAGCUCGUAGAAGGGCGCACGGAACUGAUGGUUCGGCGAGCAGUGUCACUUCAUCUACAACUUCUAAAAUGGAAGUUGAUGAGGAAGAGAAAAAGCCCUCUAAAUCUCCUAAUAUCACAGUUCAUAGUAAAUCCGAUAAAGAUGCUCCUAAAGAUGCUAAGAAAGACGAAAAAGAAGCAGAGGACAAGGAAGCUAAAGAAAAGAAAGAACCAGAACCGACGUUUGAAAUCUUGAGUAAUCCUGCCAGAGUGAUGAGACAGCAAUUGAAGAAUUUAACUAUUGUCGAGGGUUCAGGUUUCACUCCUUUAAAGGAUAUCACUAUUGGAGGUAUCGUCAUGUUGAACCACACCGGUGAAGGAGAACAAGUCCUGGUUGAGCCGGUUGCCGCAUUCGGCCCGAAGGCAGAGGAAGAGAAGGAGCCUGAACCCCCAGAGCCUUUUGAAUAUCUGGAUGAUUGAUGUGCUAUUAUCUAACUGUAAUUGUCAUAGAAAUAGGGUUAAUAAUAUGUGUAUCGUAUUGAAUAAACAAUGUAUUGAACAAUAGUAAUGAUUACUAAAUUGAAAAUUUUACUUACACGUGAUAUUGUCACUAACGAAAUUUAUUGUUUGUAUUUCAAAUAAAACUAAAUUACAAUAAAAUCUCAAUGGUUUUCUAAGUU